CGGGUACGCGGGCACGCGGGCACGGGGCUCGCUCCUGAAGGGGCAGUUGGAGGAGGGGAGCUGGCGCCGGGGUCGUGGUGGCCCGAGCGGCCUCGGCCUCCAGGUCUACGCCUGCGGGACCCGCCGCGGCUCCGUCACCGGAGAGCGAGGGCCCGCUGCCGUCGGCAAAAGCAGCCAGAGAAGUUAAAGAACUCGGCUCAGGUCUCCCAGAAGCCAGUGCCCAGCCUGGGUGCUGAGGGAUGGCGAUGUAGUUCUCCUGUGUGAAGGACAAAGCCCGUGAACUCCCAGGAUUCUUGCCAAGGAGGAGGAGGAGGAAAAAUCUGUCUGCCAGGGGGUGCUGAGUGUGAUCUCAGGAUGCCCCUUCCCGAGCCCAGUGAGCAGGAGGGCGAGAGCAUGAAGGCUGGCCAGGAGCCAUCUCCUGAGUCAGCCACGGAUGUGGUCCCAGCAGCCCCAAGCAAGCCCCAGGAGUUCAAUCUCGUCCUGCUGACUACAGCCUCUGAGCAGGACGGGGAUGAAGUGGGCUCUGAGCCCACAGAAGUGCACUGUGUCGUGUCCUUGGAGGUGUCUGAUCCCACUGCUCUGGCCAGCACUCUCCAGAUCCUGCCAGCCAAGGAGCAGGUGCCGACAGUCCCACGGAAACGCAGCAGGGUGGACACAGCUACCCCUGAGCCCCUGGAGUUCCUGAAGACUCCGUUUGGGGGCCGCCUCCUGGUGUACAAGUCGUUCCUGUACAAGCAGGAGAAGGCUGUGGGGGACAAGGUGUACUGGAAGUGCCGCCAACAUGCAGAGCUGGGCUGCCGGGGCCGGGCCAUCACCCGAGGCCUGCAAGCCACAGUGAUGAGAGACCACUGCCACCCACCUGAUGAGGAGGGCCUGGAGGCCCGGCGCCAGAAGGAGAAGCUGCCCAGCUCAGCCCUGCCAGAGGGCUUGGGGGACCCCCCAGGUCCUGAGGACCCUGGGGGCCAAGUGGAAGAGCCACUUGAGGGCGUGAGUCUAUGGCUGUACCCCCAGGAGCCGGAGCCCAACCCCGAGCAGGAGCAGUACAAGCCAGCCCUGGAGGAAAACGAGGGGUUCCGAGCACUCUCACUGCUGAGCCUGCCUCUCAAGAAACGCUCCAAGCUGAGGAUGGGACGGGUUCGGUCCCUCGAAUUCCUGAGCACGUGCUAUGGUGGCAGCUUCCUGGUGCACCUCUUCCUCUACAAGCGGGAGAAGGCCGUGGGGGAGAAGGUGUACUGGACCUGCCGGGACCAUGCGCUGUAUGGCUGCCGCAGCCGCGCCAUCACCCAGGGCCAGCGGGUGACGGUCAUGCGUGGCCACUGCCACCCGCCUGAUAUGGAGGGUCUGGAGGCCCGGCGACAGCAGGAGCGGGCCAUGGAGAAGCUGCAGGCCAGGCGGGAUGGCCCUGGGGGCUGCGAGGAUAAGCUGCUCCCAGGUGUGGACAGUCUGUGCUACCACAGGGGGCCGGGUACCCUGACACUCACCAGGCCUCGGCCCAGAAAGCGAGCAGAGGUCAAAGAUCAGGAGCUUGCCACCCAGCUUGAAGCCCCACAGGGGUCCCCUCAUGAAGACCAGGAUUUGGACCCCGAGGGCCCCGAGUUCCUGAAGACCCCGCUGGGGGGCAGCUUCCUGGUGCACGAGUCCUUCCUCUACAGGCGGGAGAAGGCUGCUGGUGAGAAGGUGUACUGGACGUGCCGGGACCAGGCACGCAUGGGCUGCCGCAGCCGCGCCAUCACCCAGGGCCGGCAGGUGACCGUGAUGCGUGGCCACUGCCACCCACCUGACCUGUUGGGAUUGGAAACCCUAAGGCAGCGCGAAAAACGCUCCGGCCCCACUCACUGGGGGAACCUAGGAGGCCCCGAGUUCCUGAAGACCCCGCUGGGGGGCAGCUUCCUGGUGUAUGAGUCCUUCCUCUACAGGCGGGAGAAGGCUGCUGGUGAGAAGGUGUACUGGACGUGCCGGGACCAGGCACGCAUGGGCUGCCGCAGCCGCGCCAUCACCCAGGGCCAGCGUGUCAUGGUGAUGCGCAGGCAUUGUCACCCGCCAGACCUGGGGGGCCUGGAGGCCCUGAGGCAGCGGGAGCAUUUCCCCAACCUGUCCCAGUGGGAAGGCCCAGAGCCCCUGCAGCCCCUGGAGUUCCUGAGGACAUCCCUCGGGGGCAAGUUCCUGGUGCACGAGUCCUUCCUCUACAGGAAGGAGAAGGCCGCCGGUGAGAAGGUGUACUGGAUGUGCCGGGACCAGGCCCGGCUGGGCUGCCGCAGCCGCGCCAUCACCCAGGGUAGGCGGGUGAUGGUGAUGCGCAGCCACUGCCACCAGCCUGACCUGGCAGGCCUGGAGGCCCUGCGGCAGCGGGAGCGGCUCCCCAGCGAGGCCCAGCAGCAGGACCCAGGAACAGCAAAGAUAUAAAACUGGACAGCAAGCCCCAAUGAGGCUAAUGUCGGCCUCAGAGGAACCCUGCAGAACCACUGCCGGCACCCCGAUGCUUCCGGUCCACGCAGGCAUCUCCCAGCCACUUAGACUCACCCGACAAAACUUCUUUCACUAUUCCAAAGCAUCAGUGGCCUUCCUGUCACCUCAGAGGUGUCCCAGGAGGAUGCUUGGAGGUGUUCUUGUGUCAGCAAAAAGUCGUCCCCAGAGCUUGCAGACACAAGUGUUGUCACGAGGCAGGCCAAGGCGGUGGCUCUGCUACCUUCUUGACUUUGGAAAGGCCCAGAGAAGCAUGUCUGGCUGAAGGCACCUCAACCCUGCUCUGCCGCACUGAGCCACCAGCACCCAUCCAUGCUCAGAGCAUGCGCCUUUGCCAAGCCUCCCUGGGCUUUGGCCACCUGCUGCUACUGGGGUGCGCCAGCCCCAACCUCCACAGAGCAGACUGCUCGCCACCCCUUCUGCUGGACUUGCCUUCCCGUGCUCUUCCAGCUUCAAUGAAACCCAUGUCCACAAUUCUCACGGCGGCGCCUAGGGCAGUCCACGUGGCGUCCCUGGUGCAUGACAAGUAGACAGACAGUGGCAAGGUGCACCCCUCUCCUCUGGAGGAGCUUCGCUGACGGUGCCCCAGUGGACCCAAGUGAGCAGUCCUGGAAGGAGCAUGCUGACACUCCCACCCCCCGGGGAGGGGCUGCAGAACUUCCUGUGAGCUAACAAGACCACCUACUAUAAUAGUGGUGGGAACAAGUGGCCCAGCACCAAGCUCCCUCCCCUGGCAAGCUGGCCAGUGAUGGCUCCCCCAUCCCCCGCCACUGUCUCUGCUCUUCUGCUUCCCCCAAUAAAUCCAAUUUUGUCUCACUGUGCAGAGUUGCUGUGUCCACCUCCCUUUGCAGUGACAGCUAGCCACUGCAAAGCCACACCGUCUCUGUCACAUGCUUGAGACACAGCGGGUUUGGUAAUUACACGGGUGAGACGCCCCACUCCUCGCAGUGGCAAUCACAUAGCCCACGUGUGUGGGAGGACCUGGAGUGGGGACCUCUGUUUUCAGCCCACAGGGGUGAGGCAGUGCCCAUGGCCUCUCCAGGCUGUGGCAGAAGGGUCGUGUUGCUCACAGGGGCUUUUGUCCCUGCCACACCUCAGCCAAAUCCCCCAUGAACCUACUCACACAAGCCAGGGCAAGCUUGAAGUAGAAGGGACAUCCCCACGCAAAGACCCAAGAUGUGAAUAGGUAACUUGUUAUCCUGGCCCACUUCCUGACCCCAAUGGCUGAUUCCCCUGGGCCCUCACCUGCCAGACCUGCCUCCAGUUAAGAACAUGGUCUGAACUGGACAUGGUGAUUAAUGCUUAUAAUCCCAGCACUUGGGAGGCAGAGACAGGAGUUUCAAAAGUUCAAUACCA